AUGCCCAACUUCUCCGACCGUGACUUGAACGACCUCCUCCGGGUCAUCGACACCAACGGCUCACUGGGCCGAAGCAACGGCGUUGUUGAGUACGAAGAGUUUUGCCACUGGCUUGUCAAGGAGAAUCCCUUGGACUUCUCCAGCAGCACCUUCUCUGCUUAUGUGUCGCAGCUCAUGCGCGAGGCCGGUCAGGCCAAGGACAAGGCGUCCAUGAUCGUGGACGAGAUCCAGGUCCGGGACGACGGAGUCUACUUCCGCCUCCAGCCUGGGGCCCACAAGCAUGCCGAAAGCCAUAUCAAGAUAGACUUUUGGCACUCAUGGUUUGGAUCCAUAGACUGCUUGUGGAAUCUCUCAAAAAGAGAGAAAUCCAUGCCACGUAGCCGCUCCAGUGGUGAACUCCGCCUUGGGGAAACGCGCUUGGAGUUGUCAACCUCGCAACCACGACACUAUGACCCUGAAUGUUCAAGACCCAGCUCACAGUAA